UGGCUUUGUUUGUGAGUACGUCGCGUACAUAAAGAGAGGAGAGCAGAUCGAAGUUAGUUAAGGGAGGGAGACUCAGAGGGCACCAGCUUGUUACAGGACAUUUAUAAGCAAUCCGUACUCUCGGUAAAUAUUAUAUAGUCUAACUCUUCGACUGGAUCCGCUCCUCUGUAAACCGCGGGAAUACACAGGAUUCUUGCACACUGAGCAUCCGUGUCUUGAGCAGCGAGAACCCGGAGUCACAGGUGGAAUAAUUGAUGGACAGGGAUCGGGUAAACAUUCCACCUUUGCCCAAGACGAAGGAUCAACUUAAGGAGAAAAACAGGAAGCUACGCAAAGAACUAGACACCCUUCGUCGUCAGUAUCGAGAGAAUGUGUGGAGCGUGAUAGAGAAUCUCAAAAGACAUUACGAUGAAACAAAACAUGACCUGACGCCUAGCUACGAAACAUUGAAACGUCUGAUCAAAAUAUCAACCAGUGAUGAGGUUCUUGAGGGAUGCAGAGUCCCCGAACACAAACACUCCGUACAGAACAAGGGAAUAGACCACUCUUUUAACCAUCAUUCCACAACCUGUAUGGAGACUCACCUUCAAAACGCAGUGGCUUCUCGCUACGAACCGCGUAAAGGAACAGGAGGCCUCCUACAGUCAUGUCGAGAGUUUUCCGGGCGGGGGGAUAAUCAUGCAGUUCAACAAAGGAGGAGAGAGGUCACAGACAUGCACAAGUCAGAGAUAGCUGAAGAAAUUGAUGAACUUAAACACCACAUACAGUGUUAUGACAGCAAAUUCUUACGGGCACACAACAGACUGAAUAAACUACGGCAGGAAUAUUCAGCAUCCAAGCAGUAUCUGCCUCCCAAGCGAUACCGGCUGCUGAAGGAAAUGAUCGAGACCGUGGUGGAAGACAGUAAACUCAAGCCUGACUGAUCAAUUCAUGGUUAAUUUAAAGUUUUGUACCGAUAUGAUGAACUAUAUAUAUUUUGAAUGCACGUGUUUGGAAUUCAAAAGAUGCAGUUUUUUCUGUAGUUAUUGUAAAAAAAUACAUAUAUUUUUAUCAGUGUAUAUAAAAAAAAUUCAAUCAUAUUUAAACCACAAGAUAUUUUGAGUCUCUGGUCACUAUUUUUGGGUUUUUUUUAAAUUACAUGAUAUUGAAGGAUAAUUUGCAUAUGCAUGUAUCAAGUUUUAUAUAUACUAAAAUUAAUUAAUUGCUAGGGCUGGGACGAUACUGUACUGAGCCGAUUCGGUACAUAUCACGAUACAUGAGAUGCGAUACGAUACAUAUCACGAUACAUUGUAAUUAAAUGAAAACAUGAAUAAAAGUUUAAAAUUUAUUCAACCUGCCGAUGUAUUACCGCAUGUCCAAAGUUAUUUUGUUAUAUUCAUAAUGAGCGUUGCACAAUUAACAAAUUACUUUAGUCUUGUGUACACUAGUUUUUCAUAAACAAGUACUCCAAAAGUUUUCCACACUCCAUAUUUAGCUUCCUAACAGUUUUGACAACUUUACGAGGUUUUCCGCCAUCUUUGUACUUUCAUAUUAGGCGCGCGGACUGAAAAUAGCCGAUAUAGGAAGCUCGGAUAUUUUUGAAAAAUAAAAAAAAUUCGGUAAGGUAUCCUUGUAUUAAUGGUAAAUGUAUCGAUCCAAAUAUCGUCAAAAUAAAUACCGCGAUGCAUCG